UGCAAUAUCCUUACCCCUCCCCUAAACAGCUUCAGAAGGCCGGGUGAGGAUCAGCUACAGCUUCGUAUAAGAUCUCUCUGCUCCAGAACAAAAUAAGAAAUAAGGAGACAGUGAACUUUGACCAUGAAACGCAGCCAACUUUAUUGGCUGGUCCUUCUAAGCUUAUUCGUAUUUUUUGAUGUAUGCCAAUGUGUUGGAUUCAAUGGAACUACAUCAUAUGAUACAAUAAAUGGCUCAAUAGCACCAACAACUAGCAAUAUUUCAGGGUUCACAACUGCCGAAACAGCAACCCCGUCCUCUGCCUUGCUUACUAGGGGGCUAGGAGCAGAAAACAACUCAAGCCGACCCGUUAAAAUUCGUCGGGGUGAUUUAAUCACAAAGAACUUAAUUGAUGGUCAAGUGUCCACGGACUCUCCCACAACCAUCCAGGUAACAACGCAAGGUGGCGAUGGUACCACUCUUGGUUCUUUCUCUACCACGAUCCCAACAAACCACUCUCUAGAACACAACAGCUCAGUUACAGAACAGACAACAUCUGCUGGCCAUAAUCCACCAACCAGAGCUUCUCAGACCUCAAUCCAUACUUCAUUGGGCCAUUCUCCAUCUGAGAACAGUGGCAUAACUGCAACAUUUAAUAAUAAGAAUAAGGGGCUUAUAUCUGUCAUUGUGGUUGUAGCUAUACUUCUGCUCUUGUUGUUUUUUGUCAUGUUAUUCAUGCUGGUGAGAAAGAAAAAACGAAGUGGAUCGAAGAACUUCAGCAAGAGGAGUCGAAGGGCAAAUGGACAAGAUGUGUGGGCAGGACAGGUGCCCGAGUUGGCCGAGGGGAGGCCAGCGCCAGAGAAUAGUGUUUUAGAGAAUGGGGCGGCAGUACUCAAGUCUCAGGCUGGGGAUGAACAGGAGAUGACCACAUUUGGUGAGAAGAGGAUGGAUUCAGUGGUGGAGAUGGAUGAGUUGGUGGCCAGUGACCAGGACAAGCAAAGUAAAAACACUUCUGAUAUUUCCGAUGAAAAGAAGCCACUGUUGGAAGAGGACUUUGAGGAAACGGCACCAACGGAGAAAGGGGCAGAGAAGGAACAAUUUCCCCUCCCUCCCCCGGAACCAGAGUUGGGGGAAAAGGGGGAUGAUGCGAUAGCAAAGGAGGACAGUUAGCCAGUACCUCGAAAUUGGAUAACAAACUUCCAUGGGAAAUCAAAUAAUGAACUGUAGUCAAAGAAUUGUGAUAUCUGUUUAACUCUUCAAAUGCUGCAAUAAGAGAACUGCAAAUCUCCGCUUGUUGCCCUCUGGCGCAUGAAGAGUUAAAGGGAUAUUUUGGGGUUUUUUUUGUGUGUUUUUUUUUUCCUGUGGUCUAUAUUUCUCCAUUAUGCAUAAACGUCUGAAAACUAAAAUGCCGCACACCAAUGUCCGCUAUCAGUGUCAGAAUACGCCGUACAAUUAUAGGAGGAUAAUAAUUCCCAUUAAUACAGGAAUGCUCAGUGUUAAUAGACAGAUCAGCUUAUUUAUGUCAGUACAGAGAUGCUUGGCAUCAUUAUACACGGUACUCAAAGAUUCCGAGGGCAGGGUUGUGUCUAGUAACUAAGUAACUAAAUCAGUAAGCAACUACCCAGCUUUAGUGUGACUACAAUUCCUAUGAUCAUCAUCAUCGACGACGACUCUAAAUACUCUCUUUGUAUAUACAUGAGGGUAUUUUCAGUAAAAUGUCGGUAGUACUAAAUUGUACCCCAAAGUUUACAAAUCGCGGGCUAUUUCAUCAAUAUUCACUCACAUCUCAUGGUGUGUGAGAUGUUAGUGAAUUACAUUUCCCACGAUUCACAGACACCUGGAAAGUACUUCACAAACAUGUGACAAGGUUUAGUCCAUUGUAGCUUGGGACCUUUCAAAGGAUGAUGUGAAUUGUAGUCUGAAAGAGCUGGCAUAUUAUAUAUAUACAUAUAGAGUGGCAUUUCGUAGCAGUUUACAAGUUUAUAUUAGUGCAUCUCAAAUAUAUGGA